AUGAGUGAUGGUAAAAGACUUGGCGUUGAUUUAUUUCUUUUAGAUGACGGUUGGUUUGGUAAUAAAUAUCCAAGAGAUAAUGAUCACGCUGGAUUGGGUGAUUGGCAAGAAAAUGUUAAAAAAUUACCACAUGGUAUCGAUUAUUUAACAAAUGCAGCUCAAACUAUAGGAAUUAAAUUUGGUAUUUGGAUUGAACCAGAAAUGGUUAAUCCAAAAAGUGAACUUUAUGAAAAUCAUUUAGAUUGGGUUAUUAAAGUACCCUCAAGACCUGAAUACUAUUAUCGAAAUCAAUUAGUACUUGAUCUAUCGAAUCCAUUAGUGCAAGAAUUCGUUUAUAACACUGUCGAUGGACUGUUCACUAAACAUCCUAUGGUGGCUUUCAUAAAAUGGGAUUGUAAUUCUGUUAUCUACAAUGCUUAUUCAACUUCAAAUCCUCAUCAAUCGCAUCUAUAUAUUGAUUAUGUGCGUGGUUUAUACAAUAUUCUUGAUCGUCUUCGAAAUAAAUAUCCGACAAUACCAAUGAUGUUAUGUUCAGGUGGUGGAGGACGAGUAGAUUAUGGUGCACUUCAAUAUUUUACUGAGUUUUGGCCAAGUGAUAAUACCGAUGGACUAGAACGCAUAUUCAUUCAAUGGAGUUAUUCUUUCUUUUUUCCCGCAUUGGCUACUUGUAAUCAUAUUACAGAUUGGGGAAAACAACCACUGAAAUUUCGUACAGAUGUAGCUAUGAUGGGAAAAUUAGGCUAUGAUAUUGUAGUGAGCAAACUCAAUCCUAAUGAACUUCUAUUUAGUCAACAAGCAUUGCAAAUCUAUGAUCGUCUCAAAGAUACUAUUUGGCAUGGAAAUCUCUUUCGACUUGUAUCACCAUAUCGAUCUGGUAGUGAUAUUGCAUCAUUAAUCUAUGUCAAUGAAAAGCAAGAUCAUGCUGUAUGGUUUACAUAUUUAAUUAAUAGUCGAUAUCGAGCGGGUACUUAUCGUCCGAUUCGAUUGAAAGGAAUUGAUUCGACCAAAAACUAUAGACUUCAAGAAAUAAAUAUUUAUCCUGGUACAGACAAUUCGACAAUUAUCAAUGUCAAUCAUCUAUCUGGAGAUUAUCUUAUAACAUUUGGAUUUGAUCCAAUGGUAAAUGCCCAACGAACAAGUGUUAUCAUUGAAUUUCAACUAACAAACGGCGUUCAAGCUUUAACCUGUUUUUUAAACAAUAUUAGUCGCUAUUCUUUAAUAGUUUUUUAUGUAUUUCUCUUUUUAUAA